AUGCUUCCAUAUGCGCAGCUCAUGCGUCUCCAAGCUCCCAUCGGGACUUGGCUUUUGGCCUGGCCAUGUUUCUGGUCCAUUGCUCUGGCAGCUCCUUCAGGAGCCCUUCCAGAUGCCAAGCUUCUGGCACUAUUUGGGGCAGGAGCGCUCCUGCUGCGAGGUGCUGGGUGCACCGUGAAUGACCUGUGGGAUAGGGACUUGGAUGCCAAAGUGGAGCGCACCAAGAGUCGGCCAUUGGCUGCUGGCACCAUAACCCCUUUCCAAGCUGUGGGCUUCCUUGGCGCGCAGCUACUGUUGGGCCUUGCAAUAUUGGUGCAGCUGAAUCCGUACAGCAUUCUCCUUGGGGCAUCUUCUCUGGGCCUGGUUUUCACUUACCCCCUUUUCAAGCGCUUCACGCACUGGCCGCAGGCAUUCCUGGGGCUCACAUUCAAUUGGGGAGCGCUGCUGGGCUGGGCAGCGGUGCAUGGUUCUUGUGACUGGGCCGUCGUCCUGCCCUUAUAUGCCAGUGGAGUUUGUUGGACCCUAGUCUAUGACACCAUCUACGCCCACCAGGACAAGACUGAUGAUGCCAUAGCAGGGGUGAAGUCCACAGCGUUGCUGUUCGCUGACCGCACGAAACCGUGGCUUGCCAUAUUCGCUGCCAGCCAAAUUGCGCUACUGUCGUUGACGGGUAGCAUGACAGAUGCAGGGCUGCCUUACUAUGCAAGCCUGGCCGCCACUUCAGGACAUCUAGCAUGGCAAAUCUCCAGUGUCAAGCUGGACGAUAGAGGGGAUUGCAUGGCAAAAUUUGUAUCUAACAAAUGGUUCGGUGCCAUUCUUUUCAGUGGCAUUGUUGUUGACAAGCUGUUACAAUAG